CCGAUUCCCCGCUUGAUUGUCUCAAUCGAACAACAGCUUCGCCAUCUCCCCAUCUGCAUCUCGCCAUCUCCGUCUCUCCAACUCUCGCUCUUACCAGUUUCUACCCUUGGAGCGUUCUAUCUUACUCGUAUCUUCGUACUCCAGACUUGCAUGAGCCAACGUUGAAUAUCGACCCCCGGGUCUCACCACACUCACAUCGUCGCUGCCAAACCAUGGCGGACCGGGUUCCCGCUGAAGCCGUCUCCGACCCUUCGAAUGGGUCGUCGGCGCCAUCGCCACGAACCAGUCUUGACUCGCGAUCUCCCCCGUUUCGUAGCCCAUCCUUGCGACUGUCCAAUCACCAGAAUCGCACCAGUCAAAACUAUAGCGAAUCGCUGCGCGGGGCGCCGCCCGGGUCGCCGCGUGCGCGCCGCCAGCCGUCCCUCACGCAGUCGGCCAUCCAGAGCCUGAUCGACAACCCACCGGCGCCGACGACUGCGGAUCCGGCCUUUGUGGGGCGUGACUGGCGGGAGAUCUCGGUGGGGGAGCUGGUCUCCCCGGACGAACUGAAAUUCGUGGAGCUUGACACGGGUAUCGAGGAGGCGACCAAUAUCUUGAUCGAGUCGAAUGUGCCGGUCUUGUUGAUUCGCGAGUCUCGGGAUCAGAACAGCGCCAUCGGAACGUUCGAUUUUGCCGAUCUGAACGCUUAUUUGCUGCUGGCGACCGGCUUCACGCAGCCGGAGGUAGAGAACAUACCGGCGUAUGAGGAACUGGCGCGCAAGGCCCGACUAGGUCUCACGAUUCCGCUGAAGGAUGUCAAGGACCUGGGACGCAAGGAGCCUAUGACGACGCUGCCGGCGUCCGCUAGCGCCAUGACGGCGGUCGAGACGUUCGGGGGCGGCGUGCAUCGCGUGGUGGUGGUCGAUCCGGAGCGCGGGGGCGCCGUGCGGGGUCUGUUCAGUCAGUUUCGGCUGGUGAAGUUCUUGUGGGAGAACGCGCGCACAUUCCCGGUGAUUGAGCAGCUCCAUACGCAGGCAUUGCAAGAUCUGCGGAUCGGGUCUCGGGACGUGGUGUCUAUCAACGGCGAUAAACCACUGUACGAAGCCCUGCAGAUUAUGUACAACGACGGGCUGUCGUCUCUGGCUGUGGUGGACAAUCAUUUCAACGUGAUGGGCAAUAUCUCGACGACAGAUGUCAAGCUCCUUACUCGAUCAUCGUCGCUCCCCCUGCUACGGAACACGUGCACACACUUUAUCUCCGUGAUUCUGUCCACGCGCGGUUUGAUCGAUGGCCAGGACUCAUUCCCGGUGUUCCACGUACACCCAGGAUCGACGCUGGCGCAUACGGUGGCCAAGGUGGUAGCCACCAAGUCACACCGGCUUUGGGUAACCGACCCCCUGUCCCCUUCAUCAUCUGGCCCCCCGACGCCUUCCCUGUCAAGCGUGCACAUCCCACUCGCGACCGGCUCCUCCGGCUCCAACUCAGCCCAGUCACCGCCAGCAUCGCCCCUCCCAGGAGCCUCAACCAUUCAACCCCCCAGCCAUACAGCUCCCCACCACCCAAGCCCACCCCAAGGCUUUUUAGGCUCCAGCUUCCUGUCCAGCUCCGGCGCAGGCGUGGCCCACGCAGUGGUUUCGUCCGCCCCGGCUUCUAUCCUCCCUGGAGACCGACUAUCCGGCAGUCUCGUGGGCGUAGUCAGUCUGACGGAUGUUCUGCACCUGUACGCGCGGGCAAGCGGGCUGAGCCCGCUGAACCCGGCGGAAAGUCGGAGCCGACGCCGACGAAGCAGCAGCUCCAGCAUAAGCGUGCGACGUAGCGGGGAGAUCGGACGGGAGUUGUUCAGUCGGUAGUGGCGGAUGGGCUUAUUGAUCAUGCAUAGCAGUACAUAGCAUGACUUACAUAUUGCAUCGGUAAAUACAUACUUACUUGGAACACUAUCGAUUUACUUUUGAGUAGCCGAGUCUAUUUACCUCACCUAUGAGUACAACCAAGCACGACAUACACUAGACGUGUACAACCCAUCCCAUCCAUCCCAACACGGACACGGACACGGACAACCGGGUCCAUAACUUACCAACUAACCUAAGGUACCCAAAGAAAGAGCGAAAAAUCCCCGACCCACCAACAAGAAACCUUCAAACCAAACCCACCCACCAACCAAGCCGAACCCAACCACGGAACACGCCCAUAAUACCAACGGGUAGAUCGGAUUGACGGAUCGAUCAGCGUAGCUCAGCUAUAGUUAGGUAGGUGGGUAGGUAAUUAGCUAGGUAGUUAAUGUUGGUUCCCGACGUAGGACACCGAG